UAUGGGAGGAUCAAACUUCACGUGGUUCAAGAAAAGUUGUACUGGGACGGGCUUGAACAUAAAAGCUUUGAUAUUCAAGGAACUAGGGUACUCACAAAUUCAUCCCCGUUAGAGUUAAAAACAUCUAUCGAAAAACGACAAUUCCCGGAUCCAUCAACACAACAGGGCCACGUGGCAUACGCUGAUUUUGAUCCCACAGUCCCUUAUUUCGAUGUCCUCGAACCAAUGACAGGAAGAAUCACAUUCACAAUUUUGAAUGAUGGUGCGAUUCGAGUGAUAGGUCAAUGUAAUACUGGCUUUACUGACCCUGAUCCUCGCCUUUACACCAUCAAAAUAGUGCCAAGACCUUUGUGCCCUCCUUAUAUUUUGGUCGAUUUAACCAAACAAUUACAAUACUCUAUUAAUAUUCCUGGAACUUCUGCUUUUCAAGCUGAUUUUUAUAAUUUUAAUUUGGAUCAAAUCAUUAAUUUUUUCGUGGUGGUUAGAAUGGGCGGUACUCUCAUUGGUGCCGCUGAAAUUAAGCGUGUUGGGAUCAACCCGGAUAUGUAG